AUGGGUAAUUCAAAUUCACGAAGACAAUCAUCUUUUAUUGCUGGGAGGAAAAAAUGCAAAUAUCCUUACCUACAUUGGAAACGCUUACGUGACAAUGAGGCUUGGUGUCGAUGUGAUAAUCAACGAUUGGUAAAAGGUUGGAGUAGCGGCAAUAAAGGAAUUGACCAAUUCAUCAAAGAAACGCAACUUAAGGCCAAAAGCCGAAUGGAUCCGUUUUUAGAAUGGAUCCCAUAUAACCGUCUUAUUAAUAUUAGUGAAAUCGGUGAAGGUGGUUUUAGCAUUGUUUAUUCGGCUGAAUGGUAUGACCUUGAAAAAAGACUUUCUUGGGCUGCUCCUUCAAAAGCUAGACCUGUCGCAUUAAAAAGCAUCAAGAAUUCUCAAGAUAUUACAUCAGAAUACAUUAACGAGCUCCGAACUCAUUAUCGAUGUAUUUCGGCCACACCAUCUUAUUCUGGAGAGAUGAGACGUGUAUUUUAG